CAUUUGAUAUGCACUUUUUAACUGAAUAGCCUUCGUUUGCUGUAUGUGUCUAAAAAAAUUUAUCAGGGUUGGCUAGUGUUAGAGUAUGAGGAACGCAUCCAUAAGUCUGUUAGUUUGUUAUAAUCUAGCUGUUAUGCAGUUAUAGUAUGGUUAGCAUUGGUAGCUCAUUCAAGAACUGUAUAAAUACAUGCUAUUGUAAACGUAAAUCUUAGUUAUAGAUUCCAUUUUUAAGAUUCAGUUUCUGAUUUACAUUUCUCUAUAGAAUAUGUCUUUCUAAUAUUCAUCUUCGUUAGAUAUUCUUUCAUGGUAUUAGUCGCCUGGUAACCCUUGGGCAUGGCUACUGCGCAUCCAGCUGAUUCUGAAUCUGUUGAGCCACAUGGAUCUGUGUUCUUCAGUGAUCGUGUUGUCACCUCUUUUCCUUGUCAUGAGGUGGUGAAGCUUGAUGAGCGAACGUUUCUUCAAUGGCAAUAGCAGGUGCGUUUCAUUCUUGCUGGUUAUGGUUUGCUUGGCUUUCUUGAUGGCUCUUUAUCCAUUCCAUCCAAGUUUGUUCAAUCGUCUGAUGGCACGCUGGUUGCCAAUCUCUCUGCAUCUGUUUUUGAGCAACAAGACAAUCUGUUUACCUCUUGGCUGCUAUCUACAAACAGUCUGUUUGUGGCUGACACGACUGUGAAGUAGUCGCACCUUCGCCACAAGCUCCAUUCCCUUAAGAAAUGUAGCCUCUCCAUCUGAUCUUAUGUUGAUAAAAUAAAAGGAUUGUCUGCUCUUCUUGCAGCAUCCGGAUCUCAGAUUUCAGAGGCUGAACGCACAGCGGUGUUGCUUGCGGGUCUGUCGUCUGAGUUUGAUGCUGUUGUGUCAUUCGUUUCCCUCUUCUCAGCGCCAUUGCCGUUUCAACGAGUAGUUGAUGCUCUCCUCGAAUGUAAAGCUCGUCAGGAGCGAUUUAUUCACGAUGUGCUGCUGUCUGUGAAUCUUGCGGAAGGAUCUAUUCAAGAGGCGGAUGGUGCUUCUCGUGGUGGACGUCCUCCCUUUUGUGGCAGUGGUCGGGGUUUUCUUCCGCGAGUACAGUGCCAAAUCUGCAGUCGUUUUGGUCACCUUACUCAGAGGUGUUAUUAUCAUUAUUAUCGUGAUGAGCCGCCGUAGACUGAAGCUCCGGUAGCACCGCAAUGAGGAUCGGUGUUUGGUGUGCCUCACGAUGAUUGGGGGCGUGGUUCUCGUUUCCAACAAGGAAAUGGUCAAAAUUGGUUGGCUGGUCAAAAUUGGUCUACGCCACCAAUUGUUUAUCCCAGGCCGAAUAUGGGGGCUUCAAAUGUGGAUCCACAUGGGCCACAUACUGUGAAUUUGUCACUUGGGCCAACUUCGAUUGUGCCACCUGGACAUAGGCCAUCUAAUGUUGGUUUUCCUUCGACUUAUGGACACCGCUCUUUGGAUGAGUUUUAUGGUGAUGCUGCUGGUCUGCCCACUAGGCCGAAUGGGCAAGCGGAUUCAGGCCGGGGUUUUGGGCCUACUGGCUCGGUGAGACCUCGUUUAAAUGAUGGACCAAGCUCUUCUGGGCCAAAUGUUAAUUGUGUUAAUCUUGAUAGGCCCUUACAGAAUAAUGCUCCUCCCAUUUCUUGGCGAACAAAAUCGCGGGCACGAGUGUUUGAUGUUAACUCUUCCUUGUACGACUCAUCUCAGUUCGUUGGGAUUCCUCGGCUUCCUGAGUUUCAUGCUUCAGAUUUUUCUCAUGCCACGGCGUAUGAUUCGAAUUUUAAUGGUACUGACUCGUAUGUUCCAUUGCUGGUUGGGAGCACGUCUUGGUGUCCUGACUCCGGGCUACUCAUCAUGUGUGUCAGAAUACCUCGGGUUUAAAUGCAUCUACUCCUUACUCAGGAUGCCCAGACACAGGAGGUCUUGCUGUGGGGCCAAAUUCGUGAUGGUCUCUAUCAGUUCACCGUUGGUCAAUCUGUCUCAUCUACUAAAGUUUCGUCCAUUCAUAAUACUAAGGUUUUACCUUGUUCUGAAAA